UCUACUGAGCCCAGAUGAUGAACUUUAAUUUAACUGAAGCCGUGACCUAACAUCACCCAGUGCAGCAGUGGAUGGGUGUAAUGUGAAGGACACUCAAAAAGACAUGGGGUGUCUGUGAUUACUCCUGAGCUUUUGAUGUAACUGGAGCAAGACGAGCCAUGGGGAGGCCAGUGUUCGUAGUUCCUCUGAUCCUGUUUGCUGUGAUGCUCAUGGGCACUGGGGCCAAGAAUUGUGUGUGCACUGGAAAAUCAAGGUGCCUCUGUAAAGGAGUGAAAGGCAGCAGGGGAGACAAAGGUUUUCCAGGAGUUCCAGGUCCCCCAGGGCCAGAGGGCCAUCCAGGAUCAGAUGGUCAUGCUGGGCCUAUGGGACCAAAGGGCAACACUGGGCCUGAUGGACCUGAGGGGCCAAAAGGCGAUCCGGGACCUGAAGGCAAAGACGGAUUUGCUGGGUCUCAUGGUUUACCGGGUGUCCCAGGUUUACAAGGGCCUCCAGGACCCCCAGGGGCCCCAGGCUGCAAUGGAACAGAUGGAGAAGAUGGACCUCCUGGUAUUGCCGGGGCCCGUGGCAUUAAUGGACAUCCAGGUCCACCUGGUCUGCCUGGACCUAAGGGUGAAUCUUGGGUAUCAGCGAAUGCAACACCAGGGCCACCUGGGCCACCUGGGAGGGAGGGACAGCCGGGAGAUCCAGGUAUCCCUGGAGAGUAUGGACCACCAGGGGACCCUGGACCAUGGGGCUCCAUUGGGUUUCCUGGUCGUCCAGGGGCUCCAGGAUCUAAGGGUCAAGAAGGCAUAGGGGGUAUCCCAGGACCACGUGGAUCAAAGGGGAGAUUGGGACCACUAGGUCUACCGGGGCCACCGGGUCGAAUUAGGGAGUUUUUCUCUGAGAGUCUCGUGUUAAAGGGUUUGAAAGGAGACAAAGGAGAUGUAGGGGAGAAAGGCUGCAAGGGUGCACCAGGAGACCCUGGUUAUGGCUAUUACACCAAAGGAGCAAAGGGAGACAAAGGACAGGAGGGUCCAGAAGGAAAGGCAGGAAAGGAUGGUGAUCCUGGACAACCUGGACUUAGGGGAAGGCCUGGCCCCAGAGGUGAUCCAGGGACACCAGGAGGGAUGGGUGAAAAAGGAAAUCGUGGUCCACCUGGUCCAUCUGUAGAGAUAUUUGGGCCUGUGACUGAACCACUCAAAGGAUACCAUGGAGAUCCUGGUCCCCCAGGCCCACCUGGGCUUCCUGGGCGUCAGGGUAUUGUGGGGUUCCCUGGACCUGAUGGACCUCCAGGCCGUGCAUCUGGGAAUUAUGUGCCAGGCCCACGUGGUCCCAGUGGCUUUCCAGGCCCCAAAGGGAACCCUGGGGAGCCAGGGGAUAUUUAUAUGGGACUCCCAGGUCAAGAUGGGAAUGCUGGUGAUCAAGGGCCUCCUGGAGAUCGGGGCCCACCUGGACCUCCUGAAGACAGAACUAACAGGAUUACCAAGGGUCUCCCAGGAACGAAGGGAAUCAGGGGUUUACCUGGACCUAUGGGAUAUAGUGGGACGUUUGGAAUGAAAGGAGAGAAGGGGGACACCUGUUAUGAGUGUUUCGGAUCAGGACCUCCGGGUCCCCGUGGUCCACCUGGCAUCCCUGGCUACAAUCAAGGACCAGGUGCUAAAGGUGAUCCAGGCUUCCCAGGACCUAGAGGCUUACCUGGAAGACCAGGUCCUAAUGGUGAAAUGGGAUUUCCAGGCCCACCAGGACAAAAGGGAGAAUCAUCUUCCUAUAACACCCCUGGGAUAAAGGGAGAGAAAGGAGACUCAGGACGGCUUGGCAGGCCUGGUACAGAUGGCCUCCCAGGGUUUCCUGGGCUACCAGGUCGCAAAGGCGAUCAAGGGCCUCAGGGGGAUUUGUAUCCCUUCCCUGGUGCAGAGGGGUUCCGUGGUUUACCAGGUCCACCAGGGCCUUUAGGCAGACCGGGACCAGUUGGUUACCCUGGGCCAGUGGGAUAUGGGCAAGCUGGAUAUCCAGGAAGUAAGGGAGAUGUUGGGGUAACUGGCCUGCCAGGACAGCCUGGAAUUCCAGGCCAGAAAGGGGAACCUAGCCACAUUCACACCAAAGGACAUCCGGGACUUCCUGGAUUUAAAGGUCUGCCUGGCUCACCCGGAAGCCCAGGUAAUCAAGGAGCAUCAGGUAUCCCGGGAACACCAGGUUUUCCAGGACAGAAAGGAGAAAGAGGUGACGUUUCAUUUCCUGGAAGGCCAGGGAUCCCAGGACAGAAAGGUGACAAGGGGCAGCCAGGUCUUCCAGGCUUUGCAGGUAGGGGCUUGCCUGGUCGGCCAGGUCAACAAGGCCCUCCUGGUCCUCCAGGACUGAAGGGUGAUGGUGGCCCUGGAUACCCUGGCCCUCCAGGCCCCCCAGGGCCUCCAGGAGAAGAUGGAGCUCAGGGGCCUGUAGGAGAUCCUGGGACCCCUGGUCUACCUGGGAACCCAGGACUAAUUGGCAAUCCUGGUCUUCUAGGAGAAAAAGGAAGUAAAGGUUCUGUAGGCCCCCCAGGGCUACCUGGUAAUAAAGAUUCAUGUCAAGGUGGUUUACCUGGCCGAGGGGGACCACCAGGACCAGAUGGCCAUACAGGACAUCCAGGACCCACUGGCUUGCCAGGUGAGAAGGGGAAUGCAGGUUUGCCAGGGUUUGGUCAUCCUGGCCCCCCUGGUGAGCCUGGUCCCAUUGGGCCAUCAGUGCCAGGUUCACAUGGGCUUCCAGGACAAAAGGGGAUCAAGGGACAAAGCGGCCUGCCUGGUCAACCAGGACUGAGAGGAGACCCUGGACCAGAUGGGAUACCAGGAUAUGGACCAGAAGGGUUGCCUGGAAUUACAGGACCACCAGGCCAACUAGGUGCCCCAGGCCCAGAUGGAGCCAGAGGUUCCCGGGGUCCCCCAGGCAUGAAUGGGGACCCGGGUUUCAGUGGUACUCCAGGCCCUCAACAAAUAAUGAACAUUACUGGGCCCCCAGGGGUCCCUGGCGAUCCGGGUUACCCUGGUCUGUCUGGUCUCCGCGGAGAUACUGGAAGUAUUGGACCAAAAGGGCAGAAAGGGAUAGAGGGAGCACCAGGGGGCCCUGGACAAAGGGGUCCACCAGGUGAUCCAGGUAUUGAUGGACCAGUGCUCUCAGAAGGAAGUCAAGGACCUGCUGGAGCCCCAGGAGACCCAGGAGUCAGAGGGCCUCCAGGCCCAAAGGGAAUAAAAGGAGAUAAAGGAAUCCUUGGAAGGCCAGGUCCAGAUGGUGCACCGGGUCCAACUGGUUACAAAGGAGUUAAUGGAGAGCAUAACUACAAUGGAUAUGGACUGCCUGGACUAGUAGGACAAAAGGGUGAACCAGGAUCAAGUAAUACUAAUGUGAUGAAGGGUCAGAAAGGGGAACCUGGUGUUUUUGGACCUGUAGGUCUACCAGGAAACUGUGGAGCCAAAGGAAACCCAGGACCUGUUGGACAAAAUGGUUCAUCAGGCUAUCAAGGGCUUAAAGGUUCAGAUGGGCCUGCAGGAAGCAAAGGACGCCCAGGACCUAAUGGACCGCCAGGUAAACCAGGUCCGCCGGGUGUCAGUGGUUUUCCAGGUUCUAAAGGCAACCAGGGCCGGGAUGGGAUCCCUGGACCACGAGGGCAAAAAGGAGAUACUACCAUAAUAGAAGGGAUGCCUGGCAGGCGUGGUGACACAGGUCAACCAGGUCCCCCUGGGAACCCUGGACCCCCUGGCUUGUCUGUUACAGCGAGUCCUGGACCGAUAGGAGACAGAGGAUUUCCAGGUCUACCUGGGGUCUCUGGUCCGAGAGGACUACCAGGAAGAGAAGAGGCUUGUGUUCCUGGGUCAAAAGGAGACCGUGGCCAUCCUGGCAAUCCUGGCAAUCCUGGUUGCCCAGGCUCACCUGGCCUACCUGGCCCUCCAGGUUCCACAGUGCCUGGGUUAAAAGGAGACAGAGGGGACCCAGGUCUUACAGGAAUACCAGGCUAUAGUGGACCCCCAGGAGAUCCAGGCCCUCAAGGACCACCUGGUGCAAGAGGCAGACCUGGAGGUCCGGGACCAAAAGGUGAUUCGGGUCCUCCUGGAAUCCUAGGGCCCCCAGGUGACAAGGGAGACCCUGGAUACACCCCAGGACCGCCUGGUCCACCUGGGAAUAAAGGUUUUCUUGGACGACCCGGCUUCAAAGGUGAACCAGCAUUUGGUAGGGUGGAAUAUGAACCAGGACCUCCUGGCUUACUUGGUCCCCCUGGCAAUCGAGGAGCCCCAGGAAGCACUGGACCAUCAGGACCACCAGGCCAUUCAGGCCAGCCAGGCGUCAAAGGACAGCGUGGUUCCAGCCCAGUCGGCCAGCCAGGAUUUACUGGCCAUAAAGGAGACAAAGGAAGAGCAGGACUGCCAGGUCCAGAAGGCAGACUUGGAGACCCAGGCCACAAGGGUCUUCCAGGGUUGCCAGGCAGAGGUGGUCCAGGUGUUGUUGACAGUUUUCUGAUAGCUAGACACAGCCAAAGCAUCGAUAUCCCUGACUGCCCUCAAGACACCAGCCUCAUCUACUCUGGUUACUCCUUCCUCUUCAUCAUUGGAAAUGAGAGAGCUCAUGGUCAGGACCUUGGCACCAUGGGAAGCUGUCUCCCUUGUUUCUCCACCAUGCCCUUCCUGUUCUGUGACACAGAAACUAACUGCCGCUAUGCUUCUCGUAACGACUACUCCUACUGGUUGUCCACUGACACGCCUAUGCCUACCAACAUGGUUGCCAUCACAGGAGAUAAGCUGGCCUCCUACAUCAGCAGGUGCUCAGUGUGUGAAACCACCUCCAAUGUCAUAGCCGUCCACAGCCAAACAACUCUGAUACCUGAAUGUCCCAGAGGCUGGGAGUCUCUAUGGACUGGAUACUCAUUUGUCAUGCAAACGGGUGCUGGAGCAGAGGGCUCCUCACAGCCCCUGGUUUCUCCUGGCUCAUGUCUGGAAAGUUUCCGCCAAGUGCCCUUCAUCGAGUGUCACGGCAGGGGAACAUGUAACUACUACCCUGAUUCCUAUAGCUACUGGCUGGCCUCACUAGACCCCAGCAACAUGUUCAGCAAACCUGUUCCUCAGACAGUGAAGGGACCUUCUCUACAAAGUGUCAUCAGCCGUUGUCGAGUCUGCAGGAAACCAUGGCAACCUGCGACAGAUGACAGACGGGGGGACAGUUUUUAACAUAAAGUAUCUACUUUGUCAUUCAAAGCAUGAAAAUAUGAGAAAUGUAAUAGCAGUGAUAAAGUUACUACUAGUAGUUGUAGUGAUACUAGUAGCAAUAGCAGCACUGUGCCCAAUUCAGUUUUUACAUACAGUCUGUUACUUUUACAUAGGGUGUUGUUUUACACUGAGAUACUCUGUGUUACUCUAAUUGCUUCAUCCUACAUUCUUCUCUUUUCUGCAAUUUUUUAAAUGUUACUGGUAUUAAUACUAUAAAUAAUCCAGUGACAUAUUGAAAACAAGCCAUCUGUGACCUAGACAAACCUAGAUUGUGGUAUACCUUUAUUGAUAAAAGCACAACACCCACUCUACCUGUGUUGCCAUUUCCAUGUGACAAAAGGUGUCUUGGAUAAAAACAUACACCAAAUGUCCUGAUUUGUGCAGAUGACAGCCAAACUACUGAGAAAUAAUGCACCUAUGUAUACAGUGCUGAUGUCAUUGACAUGUAUUUGCUGCUUCGUUCCAAGUGACCUGAGAAGACUGGUGCAGUCCAGCCAAUGAAUGACGUAAAAAGUAUGAGGUCACAACAAACAGCACAUUUGUUCCUAUGAAAUCUGGAGAGGCAGCAUGUUGUAAAUGUGACACUUGCUUUGGAGUUGUUACGUUGUUGCGUUUUCGCGCAAAAAUAGAGUCAUUUGUGCCCUUACUCUAAAAGCAUUUCUUUGAAUUUCAGCAUGUUUAAUGGUGCAUGGAAAAGAUUACAUUUUAUGACUCAACUUUUUCCAGUCCAUUUCUAAAUUAACUGUUGGGAGGCAACACUGCAAUCAAACUGCUGCUGCCUCUGUGGCUUCGGGGCAAAAAAAUGCACAUUAAUUAUCUUGAAAAGACAUUUUUUGUAAUGAUUUCUUUUUUUACACUACAUUUCUCUCUUUUUGUCAGUUGGAGGAAAAUACAUUAAAAUAAAAUACAAAUGAAGAUAAAUAACAUUUUUUUAUGGUAUGUUCAUCUUCUCAUUGAUAUCACAUGUUACCAGUGGUUUGAAAGAAGCUAUUAUCAAAAGCUGGAUAAAUAUAUAAUUUUCUAUCCAGAAUAGCCUCAUUCUUCUUUUUCAUUUCAACAAUUUCUCUGCACUAUUCACAAAGAAUCAGUAGAGCAUUACGCCCCUAAGGAACAGUCAUUCACGUCCGCUCAUCCAGAUCUGUCACUGUGAUCAGUAGAUGCAAACUCCCCAUAGGGCUAGAUGUAAAAAGGCACAAUAAUGUCCUUAAACAACACUGUUCAAAAUACUGUUGCUUUUUGGCACACAGAUAUUCCAAGAUAUCGAUUGCUUAGAGUCAGAAAUAACAAACAGCCUCAUAUGCUUAUGUAAGAAAGCCAGCUAACACAAGUAAUGUGAAGAAGAGAUGAACCCUCUUGUGUGAAUUAAAAACAUGUGAUGAAAUAUCACACUGAUUAUCUAAUUAAUUUUUGACAUUUUUGGAGCAAAAUCUCAACUCAUCAAGACUCUAGUCGCCAACACAUCUGAAAGGCUUGAUAUUAACAAGAAGCCGCUCCUUGAAUGCCACCUUGAAUUAAAUAAGUCUUACAUGGUCUGGUGCAGACAGUUGUCAUCAUGGAUAGAAACACCCUUGCUGUAAAGUGCUCUCGGUAGCCUUCUUAAAAGGAUUAUUCUGCUCCCGACAGUGCACUUACUAAUUGUUUAGGCAGCUAUAUUAGGCUUCUACACCUCUCUAAUUGGGUUAGAAUGGCGAUUUGUUGGAAGGUUGAUGCACUUCAAGGUUGUCUCCCAUUUGAGAAGGACACAUGUGCUUUUAGUUUUCUCCACACACAUGCCUUACAUAGACUAGAAAGACAUCUGUUCAUAUUUUUACAGGUUUCCUUCAUGUGUUGAAGGGUAGUUACUUUGAAUAGUGUCAGACUGUGAAUUUUGAAAAAUUAGACCAUUAGAAAUUUAUGAAACACAUUUAGGUUCCAUUAUAAACAGAUCCCCCCCCAAGUUCAGAUCAAAUCUUAAUUCAGAAUUACUACAGGUAAAUGUUAUCACACAAUCACACAACUGUGAUUCUAGAAACUUCAAAUUAAGAACAUUUCAUUUCAGAUAUACAAGGCAAUUUCCAUAGAAACUACAGAGACAUUGCCUAUUAGACUCACACUGGUUACAAGGUAUUUAUUCAUUUUUAUACCCAUAUGCUGUAAAAUCCUUAGGAACAACUGUUCAAAUGGUUCAAAGGUAGGAUGGGAUAGGAUGUUGUCUGUCCACAUAGAAGCCUAAUUCUAUAGGGAAUUAAUCUGCACCUUCAUAGAGAGACUUUACCUAAUGGUGAUCAAUACGAGGGAUAUCCCAGAUUUAAUUGUAUACCUGCAAAGUAUAAGAAUAAUACUUUUCUAUGAGUGAUCUUUUCUUACUUAGUUAUUGGUCGCAACUAUUUGGAAAAAGUGUAUUUAACUUAACUGGACUGAACCAUAAAGUGUUGUUUUCAUUGUUACAACACUCCUGCCAUGAAGUUAAUGAUUUUAGUUGUGCCAUUGUGAUCAUUUGAAAUAAGCUUUGCUUAUUAACACUUGCUGGUGGUAACGAAAUGAGAAAUGGAGCAUUUGUUUUCCCGUUUUCCUUCAAACAGAAUUUACAAUUUUACUACUUUGCCUUUACGUUUACCCUCAAACAUUAAAACAGGAUGAUUUUAAAAGGAAGGGUUACUAACUUUUCAGUCCACAUUAUGCAGUUGCAUAUUUGCAGCAUAUUUGCAGCAUGUACCAUAUGUUUGUUUUCUGUUUUUCUGUUUUUCUGUUUCUUUUUUAUAUUUUGUGUACAGCACUUUGGCUCCACUUGUGGUGUUGAAAGUGCUUUAUAAAUAAAGUUGAGUUGAGUUGAGUUACAAAAUC